AUGCAUCCAAAUGAGGCCGCCCGAGUUCCGCUUCCGCCAUCACGUCGCCCGACCCCGAGCGUUCCAGUCCAGGUCGGAGGCGGCGAUGCCGGCGCAACGACAAGCGAGUACAAAUAUUCAGCCUCCUAUGACACCAAGGAGGGCUUUUCCGACAGCCAGUGGGCCAGCCGUGCGCCAGCCUUCACUCCUCCGCCUGCAAAGUCGCAGAAAGAAAUCGAGCUGGAGCAGCGCGAGCUGGCCAUCAAGUACCGCGAGGACAAGCUCAAAGAAAGAGAGGAGAAGAUGGUGGACUUUCACGCACCCAACUGGCCACCCUUCAGACCGAUCAUUUACCACGACAUUGAGAAGGACAUUCCUCAGCGCGGCAAGCCACUCGUCAAGAGACUCUACGCCGCAUGGAUGAUUGCAACGGCCACCUAUCUGAUGAACUGCAUUGCGUCGUUCUCGAUCCUGGUCACCAAGGGCGAGAGUGGCGGUGGCACAUUCGGUCUGUCGCUCAUCAUCCUGCUGGUCGGCACGCCCGUGUCGUUUGUCUUUUGGUACCGCCCGCUGUACACGGGCGUCAAGGCGGACCGCUCCAUCAGCUUCUUCCUGUUCUUCUUCAACUACUCGUUCCACCUGGCCUUUGCAGCUCUGUUGGCUGUGGGCAUUCCAGGCUGGGGUGGCGCCGGGGUGAUUUACACACUCUCACAGAUGGGCAACAACCUGCCCUCGGGCAUCCUCUGCGCCAUCUCGUCUGCAUUUCUCAUCGGCGAGGUUGUCUACGGCCUCUGGCAGAUCAAAACGGUGUCGGCCUUCUAUCGAUCCCGCGGCUUGACCAUGGAGCAAGCUCAGCGCGAGGCCGUCGCAGGCGUUGCUAGCAGCCAAGUUGGCCAAGAAUUUGCCAAGCAGGCCGUCAAGGGCACCCUCGCCAAUGUCGUCUGAGCAAACGGCAAGCCACUUUUGGAUGCAUGCCCACAGUAGCGCUCGCGCCAUGAAGCCUGAGAACGUGCAACGACGGCGAGCGCAGUGCGGACAAAUGUUUCUGAUGAUCGAACGAUAGUCGAUCGGGAGAAAAGAGUAGGGGCUUAUGUGGCUCCUAUUGGGAUAUUUGUGUUUGGUUUACUCACAGGUUGAGCCGAGGGGAGCUCCACUUCCGCUCGGCGUCAACUCUGGUGCGGCUGCUGCUUGUGUCGUAAGCACUUCCCACAUCUGCAAAGCGGAAAUGUGCACUUUGUGUUUGAGGCGGAUGAUCUUCUUUCUGAUCUCGAAUAUACGCACGCCCAAAGUGCGCUGGGGAGGACCGCCACUCACCACGCGGAA